UAUUUUCAUGCACCAAACCAUUUCUUUCAAAACAAGCUAUUAAUCAUCCUUUGUUCUUUGAGAUAAUAUAUAUCCAUUUAUCCACUACUUAUUAUUACUCUCAUGCUCAUCACUAAUAUCUCACCAAAAUAUUUCAUCUUUUAAUUAUUGGUAUCAUUUUAUGAAUCUCCUUUCAAAACAUUGGUGGCAGCUUUUUAUUUAUUUAUUCCAUUUGUAAGAGUAAUUCUCUUGUUUUAAAGUGUUAAAAUUUGAAUUGAUUUCUUUUCUUUUUUAGUCACAUUAAAAUUGUUGUAACCUUUAUUUUACACUCACAUUUUUCAACUUCUAACAAGUGAGAAUUUUCUUUAAAAAAAAAAAAAAACAAGUGAGAAUUUUACUAUAUUUUCCAUCAGAAAGUAAAGUUCUUCACUUCAACUUCAACGAUUUUCUUACUCUGUUUUUCCUCUGUUUUUUCUCUCUGUUUUACUCUGUUCUUGUCCAUUUUUCUUCCAUGGCUUCACCCAAUGACCCAUUGAAUUCCACAACCCUUAAACUCAUAAAAACCGAAACUUUAGAAAAUAUAUUUAAUUUAUCUGACGGAAAAUUUAAGAUUAGAGGUGUUCCUUUGUUCCAUGAUGUUCCUAACAAUGUUUCUUUCAGUUCGUUCUCAUCUAUAUGUAAAUUAUCUGAAUCCAAUGCACCACCUUCAAUCCUUCAACGUGUUCUUGAUUUUUCUCACAAAGGUGGGUUCUUUGGAUUCUCCCAUGAAACCCCAUCUGAUAGAUUGAUGAAUUCAUUGGGUAGUUUCAACGGAAAAAACUUUGUGAGUAUUUUCAGGUUCAAAACAUGGUGGUCUACUCAAUGGGUUGGAAAUUCUGGUUCAGAUUUACAAAUGGAAACCCAAUGGGUUCUUAUUGAAAUUCCUGAAAUUAAAUCCUAUGUUGUAAUAAUUCCUAUAAUAGAAAAUUGCUUUAGAUCUUCUCUUAAUCCUGGUUUUGAUAACCAUGUCAUGAUUUGUGCUGAAAGUGGUUCAACAAAAGUUAAAGAGUCAAUUUUUAAUGCAAUAGCUUAUGUUCAUUUGUGUGAAAAUCCUUAUAAUUUGAUGAAAGAAGCUUAUAGUGCUUUAAGGGUUCAUCUCAAUACUUUUAAGUUAUUGGAAGAGAAAACAGUUCCAAAUUUAGUUGAUAAAUUUGGUUGGUGCACUUGGGAUGCUUUUUAUUUAACUGUUAAUCCUAUUGGAGUUUGGCAUGGUCUUGAGGAUUUUUCGAAUGCCGGUGUCGAACCGAGGUUUGUUAUCAUUGAUGAUGGUUGGCAGAGUAUUAAUUUGGAUGGUUGUGAUCCUAAUGAAGAUGCUAAGAAUCUUGUUCUUGGUGGUGAACAAAUGAAUGGAAGACUUCAUAGAUUUGAUGAAUGUGACAAGUUCAAAAAUUACAAAAGUGGAUUGUUAUUAGGUCCUAAUUCUCCUCCUUUUAAUCCAAAAACAAUUAAGGAGUUGAUUUCAAAGGGAAUUGAACAUGAGCAUUUGGAGAAGCAAAGACAGGAGGCUAUUUUAUCAAAAAGUUGUGAUUUGGUUGAGAUUGAGUCAAAGAUCAAGAAGUUGAUAAAAGAAAUUGAUGACCUCUUUGGUGAAGAGAAAACUAGUAGUGAUUCAAAAAGUGAAUGUGGAAGUUGUUGUAAAGAAAAUGAGUUUGGAUUGAAGGCUUUCACAAGGGAUUUGAGGACUAAGUUCAAAGGUUUGGAUGAUGUUUAUGUUUGGCAUGCACUUUGUGGUGCUUGGGGUGGUGUGAGACCAGGAACUACACACCUUAAUUGCAAAAUAGUCCCUUGUAAACUUUCUCCUGGUCUUGAUGGUACAAUGGAAGAUCUUGCUGUGGUUAACAUUGUCAAAGGUUCAAUUGGGCUAGUUCAUCCUGAUCAAGCUAAUGACUUUUAUAAUUCCAUGCACUCUUAUCUAGCUCAAUCUGGUGUCACAGGAGUCAAAGUUGAUGUCAUUCAUACUCUUGAAUUCGUGUGUGAGGACUAUGGAGGAAGAAUUGACCUAGCCAAAGCUUACUAUGAAGGGUUGACAAAAUCCAUUGCUAAGAAUUUUAAUGGAAAUGGAAUCAUUGCUAGCAUGCAACAAUGCAAUGAUUUUUUCUUCCUUGGAACAGAGCAAGUUUCCAUGGGAAGAGUUGGCGAUGAUUUUUGGUUCCGAGAUCCUAAUGGUGACCCAAUGGGAGUUUUUUGGCUACAAGGGGUACACAUGAUUCACUGUUCCUACAAUAGCUUGUGGAUGGGGCAAAUGAUUCAACCUGAUUGGGACAUGUUCCAAUCAGACCAUUUGUGUGCCAAAUUUCAUGCAGGUUCAAGAGCUAUUUGUGGUGGUCCAAUCUAUUUGAGUGAUAAUGUUGGCUCUCAUGACUUUGAUUUGAUUAAGAAACUUGUGUUCCCUGAUGGUUCAAUACCUAAAUGCAUACAUUUUCCCCUUCCAACUAGAGAUUGUCUUUUCAAGAAUCCUCUAUUUGACCAAACAACUCUUCUCAAAAUUUGGAAUUUCAACAAGUAUGGAGGAGUGAUUGGUGCUUUUAACUGUCAAGGGGCAGGAUGGGACCCAAAAUUGCACAAAUUUAGGGGAUUCCCAGAAUGUUACAAACCAAUAACUAGUACUGUGCAUGUAACUGAAGUUGAAUGGGAUCAAAAAAAAGAAGCAACCCAUUUGGGUAAGGCAGAAGAAUAUGUAGUUUAUUUCAAUCAAGCUGAAGAAUUUUGUUUAAUGACUCCAAAAUCUGAACCAAUCAAAUUUACAAUCCAACCAUUAACAUUUGAGUUAUACAAUUUUGUACCAAUCACAAAGCUAUGCGGUAGAAUCAAAUUUGCACCAAUUGGAUUAACAAACAUGUUUAAUAGUGGUGGUACAAUUUUAGAUUUGGAAUAUGUUGAAAGUGGUGUUAAGAUUAAGGUUAAAGGUGGUGGGAAUUUCCUUGCUUAUUCAAGUGAAUCACCAAAGAAGUUUCAAUUGAAUGGUUGUGAAGUGGAUUUUCAGUGGAUGUGUGAUGGAAAAUUGUCUCUUAUUGUUCCUUGGAUUGAAGAGGCUUUUGGGAUUUCUGGUUUGGCAAUUUUCUUCUAGAUAUUAUUAUGUGGUGGUUUUUAAUUAAGUUUAUAAUAUGUUUGAUAUGUGUAAGAAAUGUGUUCCUUUUCUUUGUAAAAAUGUUGGGAACUUGGUUUGUUUUCUUGAUAAAAUAGAGAUUGAGGUUGGUUUAUUGUAUAAUUAAUCAUUCUCGUGUGUAUCGGUUGAUAAUUUUAUUUUUUUGGAUUUA